AUGCUACCACGGACAGGUGCUCCAGCAUAUGCUCAGUCUGCAGCUCUACCCGCAGCCCAGGACACCCUGCCACGCUUCAUUCAGGAGCCUGAGGACGCUUACAUCAUUAAGAGCAACCCAGUAAGGCUGCGCUGCCAUGCCACACCAGCCUUACAGAUCUUCUUCAAAUGCAAUGGGGAAUGGGUGCACCAGAGUGAACACUUCACCCAGGAGUACAAGGACCUCAACACUGGGCUGAUGGUUAGAGAGGUCAUGAUCAACGUGUCUCGUCAGCAGGUGGAGGAUUUCCACGGCCCUGAGGACUACUGGUGUCUGUGUGUGGCCUGGAGCCACCUGGGCACCUCCAAGAGUCGCAAGGCUACCGUCCGGAUCUCCUACCUGAGAAAAAACUUUGAGCAGGACCCCAAGGGAAGAGAGGUGCCCAUCAACGGCAUGAUCGUUUUGCACUGUCGCCCUCCAGAGGGAGUGCCUGCUGCAGAGGUGGAAUGGCUCAAAAAUGAAGAGCUGUUAGAUUCUCUUGCUGACGACAAUAUCAACACUCGUGAAGACGAAAACCUCAUCAUCAACAAGGCCCGACUCUCCGACUCAGGCAACUACACCUGUCUGGCCAGCAAUGUUGUGGCUAAGAGGCGCAGUGCCACAGCUACUGUGACAGUCUUUGUGAACGGCGGCUGGUCCCUGUGGACCGAGUGGUCGGCCUGUAAUGUGCCAUGUGGGCGGGGUGUCCAGAAGCGCUCUCGAACUUGUACGAACCCAGCGCCUCUCAAUGGUGGGGCUUUCUGCGAAGGCAUGUCUGUACAGAAGAUCACCUGCAACGCGCUCUGCCCAGUUGAUGGAGGCUGGGAGGAGUGGAGCGAGUGGACAGUCUGCAGCAGCCAGUGCAGGAGGCAGCGGAGCAGGGAGUGCAGUUCUCCAGCACCCAGGCACAGUGGCAGGAUGUGUGAAGGGAACAGCCAGGCCCCUGAGGACUGCUCAGAUGGGCUCUGUACCCAGAGUGUGGACAGCUCCAUCGAUGCAGCUCUGUACUCAGGUCUGGGAGCUGGAAUCUUUGCCGUGGCCAUCCUCAUAGUCGCAGUCAUGCUCUACAAGAAGAACCACAGCGAGUAUGGCGUGGACGUCAUCGACUCCUCAGCACUGGCCGGGGGUUUUCAUUCGUUCAACUUUAAGACCACAGGACAAGGGAACCCCCUGCUUCUAAACUCCUCGAUUCAGCCGGACACAACAGUGGGACGGACAUACAGCACUCCCCUCUGCUUCCAGGACAGCACAGAGAAAGACUUCUAUGACUCCCUGCCAGACAUCAAGGUCAGAGUUCAGAGCUCCUUCAUGGUUUCACUCGGUGUGGCCGAGCGGGCAGAGUUCCAUGCAAAAGUCCUCGCCAAGACCUUUCCACAAGACCUAAUCCAGGACUACAACAGCACUUCUGCUGGAUGCAAGAAGGACUCGCUGACCCUCAACGGGCCAAUCAGCAUGGGCAGAGAGAAGCUCAGGACUAGCAGUGAGUUUGGCAAUCUGGGAGGACGGCUGAUGUUGCCGAACACAGGGGUCAGCCUGCUGGUGCCUCAUGGAGCGGUGGCCGAGAACACGUCCUUGGAGGUGCACAUGGUGAUAAAUCAGGGAGAGGCAAGUGUCCAAACAGACGAAGACUGUCAAAUCCUCCUGAGUCCAGAGGUGACAUAUGGUCCUCAGGGUCUGGACCUCUUCUGCCCAGUGGCCAUGACCAUUGCUCACUGCAUCGAGGUGGAUGCUGAAAACUGGAACAUCCAGCUCAAGAGGAAAACCCAAGAUAGCAAAUGGGAGGAGGUGAUGUUAGUGCAGCAGGAGUCCACUUCCUGUUACUGCCAGAUGGACUUAACAAGCUGUCACCUGCUCCUGGACCAGCCAGGGUCGUACGCCCUGGUGGGUGAGCCUCUGACGCAAGCCGCUGUCAAGAGGCUGAAAGUGGCUGUGUAUGGAAGUAUGGAGGCCGGCUCCUUUAGCUACAGCCUGCGGGUGUACUGUGUGGAUGACACACCACACGCCUUUCAGGGUGUGCUGAAGGCAGAGAGGUCCAGAGGAGGUCAGCUUCUCGAGGAGCCAAAGACGUUGCCUUUCAAGGCAAACACCUUCGGCCUCCAGGUUUUCAUUCAGGAUGUUCAACAGUUUCUGUGGAGCAUAAAACCCUUUACUACAUGUCAGGAGUUCUCCUUUCCCCAAGUGUGGCACAGCAACCAGCAGCCCCUGCACUGUGCCUUUUCUCUAGUCAGAUACAGUCCUGCCACCACGCAGCUCUCCUGCAAAAUCAGCGUACGUCAGGUCAAGGGUCACGAACACGUUCUGCAGGUCUACACAGCAGUGGCUGAGGCUGAAAAGGAGUCGGUUCCUUUCUUCAGGCAGACAGGCUGCACCAUCAUGGCUCAAACGGGGCCCAAGGCCUUCAAAAUCCCCUUGUCCAUCCGCCAGAGGAUUUGUGCCGCUUUCGACGCUGCCAACGCCAAGGACAAGGAUUGGAAACUCUUAGCCCAGAAACUCAACUUAGACCGAAAUCUGGGUUAUUUUGCAAAGCAGCAGAGCCCGUCAGCAGUCAUAUUAAGCCUAUGGGAGGUUCUCCACCAGGACACCACUGACCUUGACUCUCUAGCCAGUGCCCUUGAAGAAAUCCACUCCAAAUGCUCCACCAAGGACCAGAAUGAGCCAGAGUGUGACUUCAAUCCGAGGACCAACAAACAAACGAAUCAGACACAGGACUCUGUUCACAAACACUCAGACUAAGAGAAAACUGACAUGCUAAGGCAUCUACCUGUGUGGUCACACAGGAGGUUAUGGAGGAACACUGGUGCCCACCCUGGAGCUUCAGUAGGCUGGUGAGCAGGUGAUGUGUACCAAUCAGCUGAGCUGAGGCAGUAUGGAUCUACCCCAGUCCUUCAGAGUCAAUCUACAAGUGGACAUAAAGCCUAUUUUAAGUUGAUUCUUCAUUCCCUCUUUGUUUUGAAUAAGACAUGCAUCUAUGAACACUUAUUAGGACAGAUAGGAAAUUAGAGAGGAGGAGGAAGAGAGAAAGAAAAGUAAGAGGGGUUAACUCUGAUAUCAUCACACGUCUUGCUAAAUUUGAGUUGAAGAGGUUGAACAUUUUUCCCUCAUGUCUUCCCUACUUUUCUUGUUGGUGAUAAUGCACAGGUGGGGUCAUCUUUUAGACAACUGAAAUAGCCUCUCUCCACACACACACACACACACACACACACACACACACACACACACACGCACACACACACACAAAUAUUACUGUCAACAAAUAAGUAAGCACUGAAAGGCUACUUUUUGACCAAGUGGCAACCUCCCAUGUCUACUGAACCUUAUAAUCUCUUUUUUUUUUAAAGUUAUAUUUUGGGGCUUUUUUUUGCCUUUAUUCGAUAGGACAUCUGAAGAGAGACAGGAAAUAUGUGGAGUAGAGAGUGGAGGAGGACAUGCAGGAAAUGGUCGCGGACGGGAAUCGAACCGGCGACCCUUGCGACGAGGAUUGUAGCCUCUGUAUAUGUGGCGCUUAGACCGCUAGGCCACCGGUGCCCGAACCUUAUAAUCUCAAUAGUGUAAUGCUUUUGUUUAAAACUCACCAUGUUUAAAAAGAUUUGUUGAUUUUCAGACGUCUGAGUUGAUCAGUGUCACGCACAGACAUCAGAUCACUAUUCUUGUGCCUUGUUCAACUAAUGUAUGGAUAGGUAAUAAAAGACAGCAAAUGAUACCUAUUUAUUUUAAGCUAUUAGUUGAAAAAGUGCAACCCCAAUUUCCAAAUAAUUUGGGAUACUGUGUAAAAUAUCAAUAAAACAGUUUUUUUUU